AUGCCCCUCUCGCGCAAGCCUCCCCUUGGUCCUGCUCACCCUGCCUCUCCUUCGCACACCGCUCUUUUGACUGCACGACCACGACCGAGCCCCCAACAGGCUGCAUAUGGGCAAGCGCCUAACUCGAGUCGAUUCUCCUCGCAGAGCGUGUCGUCGUCAGGGGUGACUGAGAAGUUUAACCUCUCGCCCGAUCCGCGGUCGUGGAACUCAGCUAUCGCGCCGGGUAUUGCGGAAGACGACGACUACAUCCACAAUCCCGACCCACGGAAACGAGGCAAAGACCGAGAUUGGAACAUCUUCACCUGGAGAGGUCUUGUGAAUAUUGGCAGUUUAGCAGUCCUUUUCUGUGGAAUCCUCGCGCUCUUCGCUGGAUACCCCAUCAUCUCUCACUUCACGCAGCAUAAGCAGUCGAAUAAUGGUGGCUUCAACGUGGGCGGCAUCAACGCAUCGGGCCAAAUACCAACGUUCAUCGGCGGUUAUGGUCUCAUCGAUCCUGAGACACCACAAGAAGUACGCACGAAGAAGGACUACGUGAACGGCAACGAUUGGCAAUUGGUCUUCAGCGACGAGUUCAACACUCCGGGGCGGACGUUCUGGCCGGGCGACGACCCGUACUGGGAGGCGGUCGACCUGCACUACUGGCAGACGGGUAACUUGGAAUGGCUCGACCCCACGGCUGUCACGACGAAGGACGGCGCGCUCGAGAUCACGAUGUCGGAGAAGCCGAAGAAUGGCUUGAACUACACGAGCUCCAUGAUCACGACGUGGAACAAGUUCUGCUUCCAGGGCGGCAUGCUGGAGGUCAACGUGUCGCUUCCCGGUGCUCCCAACGUCGUCGGCCUGUGGCCAGCUAUAUGGACUAUGGGCAACCUGGGGCGUGCAGGCUACGGUGCGAGUCUUGAGGGUAUGUGGCCAUACUCGUACGACACGUGCGACGUAGGCACAGUUAAGAAUCAGUCGCUGGGCGGCGUCCCUGACAACCCGGCCACCUUCUCCUGGUUGCCUGGACAGAAGCUCUCGCGGUGUACAUGCCCAGGCGCAUCUCACCCAGGACCUCUGCACGAUGAUGGGACGUACGUCGGACGGUCUGCACCUGAGAUUGAUGUGUUUGAGGGCUCGUCUGGAGGUGGUAUUGGUCAGGUCUCCCAGUCUGCACAAUGGGCGCCGUUCGAUUACAACCAUCAGUAUCAGAAUGGCUCGGAUUACAUCGAUAUCGCAGACUCUAGCAUCACGAGCCUGAACAGUUACACCGGUGGUUCAUACCAAGAAGCGAGUUCCGGUGUAAGUAACACAGUUCAAACUGCCUGGGAACUUGGGGGUGGUGGAUAUUCGAUAUACGGCUAUCAAUACGAGUAUGGUUUCGAUGACGCGUAUAUCACCUGGGUCUCCAGCGGCGUAGUGUCGUGGUCGCUCAAGCAGUCUGCUGUCGGGCCAAGCGAUAAAGUUGACAUUGGUCAGAGACUGGUUUCGGUGGAACCAAUGUACAUCAUCAUCAACUUGGGUAUAUCUGAAGGCUUCGGAGGGUUCGUUGAUGUUGCACACCUUGUGUUCCCGACGACGCUGCGCGUGGACUACGUUCGUGUCUAUCAAGACCCGAACAACAUCAAGACCAGCUGCGAUCCUCCCGACGCACCGACCGCAACCUACAUCAAGGCGUAUGAGCCCGCGUACACAAACCCGAACUACACGGACUGGCAAACACAGUAUGGCGAGCCUUUCCCAGGGAACCACUGGGCUGGAGAUUGUUGA